UCCUCAUUCAAUAGAGCAUAACUGGCAAAAAAACGACAUCAGACACUCUUGUCUCACUUAAUCUGCUGGGAAGCCUGACAGCAGCUGCUAUGUUCGGCAGGACAGCCCUGAGCAGAGGCAUUACUGCCCACCGCCUUAGUAAGAAUGUCACUUUCUACAUGAAUGAAUUAACACCUCCAGUCUCAGGAUGUCGGGACCAAGACCACGAAUACAACAAACCCCUUAUGUUGAUGUUGCCAUGGUUGGGUUCCUCGUCCCCAAGCUAUGGCCAAUACUGUGAAAUCUACUUCCGCACAGUUGAUGUGCUUGUAGUUGAGAGUGAGGUGGCAGAGUUCCUGUGGCCUCGCUGGGGUCUGGCUCAUGGAAAGAGGUUGCUGGAGUUGCUCCACAGUAAACGCUUUGUGUCCCGCCCACUCCUUGUCCAUGCCUUCUCUAUUGGGGGCUACACAUUUGCCCAGCUGCUGGUACAUGUGUCCCAGGAUACACAAUAUCAGGCGCUCACGCAGAGGAUUAAAGGCCAAGUCUAUGAUAGCUUGGUGGUGGGCUCUCUGGAGACGAUGUCCGUAGGUCUAGGUAAGACCAUAUUUCCCCGUUGGGAGAUACUGGUAAAAGAGGUAAGCCUGUUAUACUUUGGCAUGUUCAGACGCCAAACGGUAGACUACUUUAACAGAGGCAUUGAUACGUUUAAGAACACGCCUGUCACCGCUCCUGCACUGUUCUUCUAUUGCGAGAACGAUUUGUUGAGCGACCCACGAGCUACGGAGGAAUUGAUUGAUCAAUGGCGGAAGCACGGGAUUGACAUCACGGCAAAGAAGUGGGAGGAUUCAACACAUGCAGGUCACCUCAAGAGGCACCAACAAGAGUAUCUGACCACCCUACACGCGUUCCUCAACUCACUCAGCAUCGCCCCGCUGAAGGCCAAGCUGUAAUGUGCUGUCAUUGCCAUAUUAGCGUGACUUAGGCUUAUUGCUGUGUUUAAUCUAAAAGAUUUGUUUAUAUUAUACAUAAUAUACAUUAAUUUAACUUGUACACUAAUUAUAGUAUUUGAUGUAGGUGGACUGACAGUAAGUGCCAUGAGAAUACAGGUGCUGGUCAUAUAAUUAGGAUAUCAUCAAAAAGUUGAUUUAUUUCAGUAAUUCCAUUCAAAAAGU